CGCUGGUGGUUGGACGGCCCCUGCCCGAGCUCUAGGCGAGACCCGCUGGGCCCGGUCGGUGCCGGUGGUGGGCGGCGGCAGACGGGCUGGAGAGUCCCAGAGAUGAGAAACCAUGAGGGACAUGGUACCCAUUUCUUCUAGAAUGGAGAAAGCACCUGCUAAUUGUUUCUGUAACUAGGUCACUGAUUUCCUGCAUAAAGCACAAUGUCUCGAUCCCGACAGCCCCCACUUGUGACAGGCAUCUCUCCAAAUGAAGGGAUCCCAUGGACAAAGGUGACAAUAAGAGGGGAGAAUCUGGGUGCUGGCCCCACUGACCUCAUAGGUUUGACUAUUUGUGGACACAAUUGCCUCCUAACAGCAGAAUGGAUGUCUGCAAGUAAAAUAGUAUGUCGAGUGGGACAAGCCAAAAAUGACAAAGGAGAUAUUAUUGUCACAACUAAAUCUGGUGGCAAAGGCACUUCAACAGUUUCUUUCAAGUUACUCAAGCCUGAAAAGAUUGGCAUUUUGGAUCAGUCUGCUGUGUGGGUUGAUGAAAUGAAUUAUUAUGACAUGCGCACAGACAGGAAUAAAGGAAUUCCUCCUUUGUCCCUCCGUCCUGCAAAUCCUCUUGGCAUUGAAAUUGAAAAAAGUAAAUUUCCCCAGAAGGACUUAGAAAUGCUGUUCCAUGGAAUGAGUGCUGAUUUUACAAGUGAGAAUUUUUCAGCUGCCUGGUAUCUCAUAGAGAAUCAUUCAACCACCAGUUUUGAGCAGCUCAAAAUGGCAGUCACCAACCUCAAAAAGCAGGCCAGCAAGAAGAGUGAGGGCAGCCUGGCCUAUGUAAAGGGUGGCCUCAGUACAUUCUUUGAGGCCCAAGAUGCCCUCUCAGCCAUCCAUCAAAAGCUAGAAGCAGAUGGAACAGAAAAAGUAGAAGGGUCCAUGACACAGAAACUAGAGAAUGUUCUGAAUGGAGCAAGUAAUACUGCAGAUGCAUUAUUUCAAGAAGUGCUAGGUCGAAAGGACAAGGCAGAUUCCACUAGAAAUGCACUCAAUGUACUUCAGCGAUUUAAGUUUCUCUUCAACCUACCUCUGAAUAUUGAACGGAAUAUUCAAAAGGGUGAUUAUGAUGUGGUUAUUAAUGAUUAUGAAAAGGCCAAGUCACUCUUUGGGAAAACAGAGGUGCAAGUUUUCAAGAAAUAUUAUGCUGAAGUAGAAACACGAAUUGAAGCUUUACGAGAAUUGCUUCUGGAUAAAUUGCUUGAGACUCCAUCAACCUUACAUGACCAAAAACGUUACAUAAGGUAUCUGUCUGACCUUCAUGCACCUGGUGACCCUGCUUGGCAGUGUAUAGGAGCCCAGCACAAGUGGACCCUUCAGCUCAUGCACAGCUGCAAAGAGGGCUACGUGAAGGACCUGAAAGGAAACCCAAGCCUGCACAGCCCCAUGUUGGAUCUUGAUAAUGAUGUGCGUCCCUCCAUGUUGGGCCAUCUGAGUCAGACAGCAUCACUGAAGAGGGGCAGCAGCUUUCAGUCUGGUCGAGAUGACACAUGGAGAUACAAAACUCCCCACAGGGUAGCAUUUGUGGAAAAAUUAACAAAGCUUGUUUUAAGUCAGCUGCCUAACUUCUGGAAACUCUGGAUCUCAUAUGUUAAUGGAAGCCUUUUCAGUGAGACUGCUGAGAAGUCAGGCCAGAUUGAAAGAGCAAAAAAUGUAAGGCAAAGACAAAAUGAUUUUAAGAAAAUGAUCCAGGAAGUAAUGCAGUCUCUUGUGAAACUGAUCCGUGGAGCUCUACUGCCCCUCAGCAUCCGAGAGGGAGAGGGGAGGCAGUAUGGAGGCUGGGAAGUAAAGUCAGAGCUCUCAGGACAGUGGCUUGCUCAUGUCAUCCAGACCUUAAGGCUUACUUAUGAGUCAUUGACUGCCCUUGAAAUUCCUAAUGACAUGCUACAGAUUAUUCAAGACCUUAUUUUAGAUCUCCGUAUACGGUGUAUCAUGGUCACAUUGCAACACACAGCAGAAGAAAUAAAGAGAUUAGCUGAAAAGGAAGACUGGGUUGUUGAUAAUGAAGGAUUGACUUCCCUACCAUGUCAGUUUGAGCAGUGCAUCGUGCAGUCCCUGCAGUCACUGAAAGAUGUUCUGGAGUGCAAGCCUGGAGAAGCCAGUGUCUUUCAACAACCCAAAACACAGGAAGAGGUUUGCCAACUGAGCAUCAAUAUCAUGCAGGUUUUUAUAUACUGUCUGGAACAAUUGAGCACCAAACCUGAUGCAGAUAUAGAUACUACACAUCUUUCUAUGGAUGUUUCCUCUCCCGAUUUGUUUGGAAGUAUCCAUGAGGACUUCAGCUUGACUUCUGAACAGCGACUUUUGAUAGUUCUGAGUAAUUGCUGUUAUCUAGAACGUCACACCUUUUUAAAUAUAGUGGAACAUUUUGAAAAGCACAGCUUCCAGGGAAUAGAAAAAAUCACACAGGUUAGCAUGGCCUCACUGAAAGAACUGGACCAAAGACUUUUUGAAAAUUACAUUGAACUAAAAGCAGAUCCCAUUGUCGGUUCCUUAGAACCUGGAAUUUAUGCAGGCUAUUUUGACUGGAAAGACUGCCUGCCUCCAACAGGUGUCAGAAAUUACUUAAAAGAAGCUUUAGUGAAUAUAAUUGCUGUGCACGCAGAGGUGUUCACUAUUUCCAAAGAAUUGGUGCCACGGGUCCUGUCUAAGGUGGUGGAAGCAGUUUCUGAAGAGCUGAGUCGACUGAUGCAGUGUGUCUCAUCCUUCAGCAAAAAUGGAGCAUUACAGGCGAGACUUGAAAUCUGCGCUCUGAGGGACACAGUGGCCAUUUACCUGACACCUGAAAGCAAGUCUAGUUUUAAGCAGGCUUUGGAAGCCCUGCCUCAGCUCGCAAGCGGAGCAGAUAAAAAGCUACUGGAAGAGCUGCUGAACAAGUUUAAGAGCAGCAUGCACUUGCAACUCACCUGCUUCCAAGCUGCGUCUUCUACCAUGAUGAAAACAUAAAUACCUGCAAAAGGAGAACAGUUCAGAAAGAUAGCAAGUAUAAGGCUUCACUCUUCCUAAGUGUCCUAAAGGUACUGGUGAAUAAAGCACUCCAUUUCCAAUCCUUCCACCACCCAAACUGGUAGCAAUACUGGCAUAUGUUUAAUUUGAACCAAAAUGAUCCUAUUUGAAAUAUCCAAGCUUUUUGUUGUUGUUGUUUUGGGCCAUUCAAUCCAGUCCAGUAGGGUUUUUCUCUUAUCUGAGUGCUCCAUGGGGAGAGCUGCAGGAGGGACUUCUUGAAGGAGUACAUUAUGGAAGUGGUACAUGAUGACUGAAAGUGUUCCUUAAGCAUCUCAUUUAUUAGGAUGGAAUGUCUUCAGUUUCCAGUAGAGGAAGGGAUUCUGAAAGCUUCAUUUAGGUGUCUGAGUUUUUUGCUCUGGAUUCUGUUAUCAUUUUUCCAAGUACAAUUGUAGCUUUUUGUUCUCACUCACUCUUGAUAUGUGUCACUUGUCUGUACUAUGGCUCCCCAAGGAGGACUUGCAUGUUACCUGUGUACAAUGUAGAUGCCAGAGGCUGGGUCACACUCCUAAGCCCUGCUAAAGUGAUACAGUCUUCAGAGUGGCCUAAAACCAUAAGCAAGGCCCACGGGGGCGGCUAGCAUUCCUGCUGUUGCUGGGUGCUCCUCCUCUGGCAGCUUACUUUCUCUCCACUUCUUAUGCUUUGAGGUGUCUUGCUCUACAGCUGGAAGAAUGUUACUUUGGCACCAUCAGUUGAUGAAUCUUUUAUAAAUGUGUUUGAUGAAGCCAUUAAGCAGUAUGCAUAAUACUGUUUCCCCUAAGUGUAUUAACCAUUGUAUCUAGCUAACUAUGAAUUAAAUUACAAAACUGCAAUCCUGGAUGUUCAUAUUGUUUUAAUGUCUGAUAUAUCACAUUCAGCCAAUCAAGAAUUUGUCUUCCCCAUAAGAUAUAACUCGACUCCCUAAGUAUCUUUAACAUUUUCAUUAGCUAUAUAACUGUUUGUAUGUCUAAUUUUAACACUCCAAAUAAAUACUUCUGUUUUGGAUUAAA